CGCACUGACGGGUUAUAGGAAUAUAUAGUCGUUCCGAAAUCUACAAGUGAUAAGUCUCGCCCGUGGAGCCACUUUUCGACAGACAGCUUUCAGGACCGAAACCACCUGCCAAUACCUAGUAUCGUACAUACCUACUCGUCGGUCCGCCAUUGCUCCUCCUCCAGCCAACCGAUCAACCAAAUCAUCACCACGCCGGAAGAUACCAUGUCAGAACACCGGUCCAGCACGCCAGCCUCCCCUACCGACCUGGUGCAGAUUUUCCUGUCGGCGUGCACGUUGCUGGUCGCGAUCGUGGGUGUGACACUGGAGUAUGCGCGGCGGCGUCGCCGCCGCCGCCAAUUGCUCGCUCAUAAUCCCACCACCAACAGCAAUCUGGAGAGCUCGGUAGCGGUGGUAGAGGCACUCGCGGAAUACGGAGAUGUCACUGGCGGUGGCACUUCGACGUCUGCAGCCGCGGGCGAGGGCGAGGGCGAGGUCGCCCGGUACAUCCAUAGAGUACUGGCGCUCUGCGUGCUUCUUUGGCGACUUGCCCUGGCGCUGGCGAUGCGGAUCGCGACUGGGUGCGGAUUGGGCGUUGAUGGCUGGGGUGGUAGACGGGCGGUAUGCAUACUUUCGUGGUUUGGCUACGGCACAUAGGUGCAUUGGGGUACAUUGGUUGGGCUAGGUUAUCGGUUAUUGGUUAUUGGUUGCGGAGUUGGAUUUGGGGUUGGAGUUAGAUUUCUCAUUCGAUCUCUUCGGUUUUUGUUUUGUUUUAUUUUCUGUUUUGUUUCGACUAAGGCUUAAGCUUGCCGAGCACCGACGGCUGCGGGCAUGAGCGAGCUUCGCCUUGCAGACCGAUCGAAUGGUUUUGGCUUGAAUAUGUAC